AUGGAUGAGACGUCAGUUGUGGAGCAUCUCUCCUAUGGAAAAGAUGAAUUUCAAAUUACAGAUGAUGUAAUUCAGGAGGAUAAUUUAAAAAUAGAAUCUAAUGUUACAGCUACUGUUGUCGAUCCAUUUAAUCAACAUGAUUGUUCAACAGAUUUACAAAUACAGCCAGUGAGACUCAGUACCGAUUAUCCGAUGAAACCUGAAAGGAGAACUUCUCUCAAUAGCUACAAUGGAAAUACAACAGAAGCACUUAAAGAAAAUGCCAUUCUUGACUUAGAGCAAAAAUGUUACGAUGAUAAUGGUCUUUCUGGGAACGAGAAUAUCCCGAAAACGCACUCUCCUGAUCAGGAAUCGCUUCAUUCUGAUCAUCAACCGGAAGAAACAUACGAUAUUCGAGAGGAGUUGCAAGAUGAUAUCGAUACAAGAAUUCAUGAAUUGCAUGAUAACAAAAUGUCAAAUGACGUGCAGUAUAAUUCAUUGGUAAAUGAAACCGAUGGUUUUGAAUCAAUCAGUAACAAUAAUGAUUCACUCAUAACAGAAACGAAUGAAAGUAAUUUGAAGAAUGAGAAUGUGCUAGAAAAAGCGCAAUUAUUGGAAAAUUCAGUAAAAAAAUCGGAUGAUACCAUGAAAAUUUCAGAUAAACUAGAAGCAUUCAAUAGAAAUAAUGAAAUAUCGAAUAGUCCCAUGAAAAUUUCACGAUCGAAAAUUGAGGAGACUGAAAUGCCAACAAAAGGAGUUGUGUCCAAUUUGAAAUCAUUAUUUGAAAGUAACGCUAUUCACAACAAUCAUGAUACCUGCAAAAGUGCCAGCUAUAAACUUGAGUAUGGAGUUGGUCGAUCGUCAGGCACUUUGAACAAAGGCGUUUUUCACUAA